AUGGAUGGUAACUUCAUGGUGGAUAGGACUAACGAGGCGAGAAAUCGCGAACUAAUCCAGCAGUAUCUGAAUAUCCUUGAUGACUCAGCUGAAGGGAAGAUUUACGUGCAGAAAGUAGAGGAUAUGAUUAGCACUGAAACUCCCAGACUUAUUGUGAACCUCAACGAUAUUCGCAGGAAAUCCUCUGAAAGGGCGUCAGGUCUUAUUCACAAUUUUGUCGAGGAAAUUGUGUGUUUGGAGCAGGCGGCAAAGGAGAUUAUCCAGCGCGCCAGUCCAGACUUUGUCAAAGCUCAUGAGGUUCAAGUGGGUUUCGAAGGCAGCUUUGGCGAUCGCCACGUAAAUCCAAGAUCGCUGAAGGCGGACUUUCUCGGGAAUCUCGUCUGCUGCGAAGGCAUCGUUACAAAAUGUUCCUUGGUCCGUCCUAAGGUUGUAAAAAGUGUCCACUACUGUCCAGCAACCAAGAAAACCCUAGAAAAACGUUACACUGAUCUAACCUCUUACGAGUCUUUCCCAAGCAGCAAUGUUUACCCAACAGAGGAUGAGAAUAAGAACCCUCUGGAGACUGAAUUUGGCUUGAGUACUUACAAGGAUCAUCAGUCGUUCUCCGUACAGGAAUUACCCGAGUGCGCUCCAGCUGGCCAGCUUCCCCGCUCGGUGGACGUAAUUGCGGACAACGAUUUGGCAGACCUUGUAAACCCCGGAGAUCGAGUGCGUGUUAUUGGAUUGUAUCGCGUUCUACCCAACAAGCAAAAUGGGUAUUCAAAUGGAUCGUUCAGAUCCAUUGUCAUCUCCAACAAUAUUCAGUUGUUGUCUAAAGAAACCACCUUGGACUUCGACCCCGAAGAUGUCAGAAAUAUUCGCAAGCUUAGCAGGAAAAAGGAUGUCUUCGAACUUAUUUCCCAUUCUCUUGCUCCUUCGAUUUGCGGACACGAUGAAGUAAAAAAGGCAAUUCUAUGUUUGCUUCUCGGUGGAUGCGAAAAGAUUCUCGACAACGGAAGUCGUCUUCGAGGGGACAUCAACGUUUUGCUGAUUGGAGAUCCUUCUGUUGCGAAGUCGCAGCUCUUAAGGUUGGCUUAUAAUACUCGUGCCUGUAAGUAG